AUGAACAAACUACCCAAAAACACUGUAUCGGAUCUUAAGUUAAUAGUCAUUGCUGAUUGUCGAACUCCAUCAUCCAAUGGCUUCUUCAUCAAAAGGAUUUACGACGUCUUCUUGAGUUUCAGAGGUGCAGACUUGCGCAACAACUUUCUCAGUCAUCUCUACAAAGCUUUAGACCAGAAUGGAAUAUAUACUUUUGUUGAUAGCGAGGAGAUGAGGAAGGGAGACGAAAUAUCACCAACGCUUAUGAAGGCCAUCGAGCAAUCAUGCAUUGCAAUCAUCGUUUUCUCGGAGGAUUAUGCUUACUCGCGAUGGUGCUUGGAAGAGGUGGCAAAGAUUAUGGAGUGCAAGGAACAAAAGGACCUCACUGUUCUACCAGUUUUUUAUAAAGUGGAUCCAAGAGAAGUGAGAAGGGGGAGAGAGAGUUAUGGGAGAGCUCUAGCUAAGCAUGAGUCCAAGUUCGGAAAGGAUUCGGAGGAAGUGAAGAGAUGGAAGAAAGCUCUUUUCAACGUGGGUAGCUUAUCCGGAUGGCAUUUGAACGAUGGAGAUGAGUCAAAGCUUAUACAAAAAAUUGUGAAGGAGAUCUCUAAUCACCUAGACCGAAAACCUUUGCAUGUUGCUAAGCACCCGGUUGGGAUAGAUUCCCAAGUGAUUAAGUUGAAAUCGACGUUAAAUCUGGAGUCUGAUGAUGGUAUUCUCAUGGCGGGAUUAUGGGGACAGGGAGGUAUAGGGAAGACAAGUUUAGGAGAUUGUGCUGGAAAAGCCAUAGAGUUGGAGCUACCUGAGCCGACAGACAUGUAUAUCGGUCCUGAUGCUUUUACAAAAAUGAGAAGGUUGAGAUUACUCAUCAUGCACAAUGUGCAUAAUGCUUUCCAAGGUCCUUUAUGUCUUUCUCAUGAGCUUAGAUGGUUUGAAUGGCCUGGAUGUGCUCCCUCCGUUCCAGAAUUUUCCUCUGGUCGAAAUAAAUUAGUGGGAUUUGAUGUGAGCAAAAGCAGCAUCACAGUAGUGCUAAAACAAUUUACGGACUUCCCAAAUAUGAAGUACAUGAAUUUAAGUGAAUGUGAGAUGCUGAUUAGUAUGCCCGACCUCUCAUGUGCUCCAAAUCUCGAGGAAUUGAAUCUCGAGAAUUGCAAAAAUUUGGUAGAAGCACACGAGUCUAUUGCAUAUCAUGACAAUUUACAGGUUUUGACUUUAAAGGGGUGCUCUGAACUUAGCGUUUUCCCAAAUGAGCUCAAGUCGAGAAAUCUUCGAGCUCUCCAUCUUGCAAAUUGCACAAAACUUGGAAGGUUCCCUGAUAUUCCACAAAAAUUAGGCCUAAAAGAGCUUGCUUUACAAGGGACCGCUAUUAGAGAACUUCCUACAUCAAUAGAAAAUCUAGUCUCUUUGGAGAGAAUGAAUGUAGGUGAUUGCAAGAACCUCGUAAGUCUUCCGUCUAGCAUUUACAAGUUACAAAACAUUGAAAAGUUGAUUCUUGAGGGUUGCACAAAAUUAUUCGAGUUUCCAAAGUACGAGGAUUUAGCUGAUCCACACAUGAAGACUGGACUUCCAAAGUUACUCUACUUGAACCUUAGGGGAUGUAAUCUGUCCGAAGUAAAAUUUCUUGAGAAUCUUUCAUGUUUUCCCUUGUUGGAUUGUUUAGUUCUGGCGGAGAACAAAAUUACUAGCCUUCCCACAUCCAUCAAUAAGCGUGAUAGUUUGACCUUUUUGGAAGUUCAAGAUUGCCAUCAAUUACAAGAGAUUCUUGAGCUUCCACCAUUUUUGGAUUUUUUGGGGGCGGUUAAUUGCGAAUCUCUGCAAAAGAUUGGAAAAUUUACUUCAUCUCAUGAUUUUGUCCGAAGAGUGUUUACCAUGGAUCAUAUUUUCUCACGUAACCAGGUUAGAUUCUCUCUCUCUCUCUCUCUCUCUCAUGCGCUCAUUCAUGUGGAGUAUGUGCGUGCUGUAGUGUGUGCUUGUAUAUUGCAAAAUCAGAAAACGCAAGAUUUGAGGCUUAAGAAAAGGGCAGCUACCAAUAGUGGUGGUUUCUUUGCCUCGCUCCCUGGAGGAGAUAUGCCAAAGUGGGUCAUCCCUGUUAAAGAGGAUUUCAUAUCUUUCAUGGCUUCAAAGGACUUGUAUGACAAAUUUCUUGGAUUUGCUCUCUGUGCCAUUGUUAAAACUGAUAACGAGACAAAGCAACACUCAGCUAAGAUUACACUUAGUGUUAACGGCAAACGUCGGCUAACCAUCGAAAAUAUUUUCGGAUUGUUGGAUUCGGAUCAUAUCUGGUUUAGCUAUAUACCUUCUAAACCAUGGGGAGUAGUCGAUUUUGAUCAAAUUGAGGGGAGUUAUGCACAAUUUCACCUUGCAAUAUCCGGCAAAAUCAUAAAAAAGUUGGGAUUCCGAAUAAUAUGCAAGCAAUUAGAUGACGAUUUAGAGGGUGUGCUUCAAGACAAUCAGCUAAUUGAUUCAGCUUUCCUCUACGAGGUUAGUCACGACUCAACAGAUUCAGAAGCCGAGAGUUCACUAGUUCAUACUGAAACAGAUUUGCAAAAAGACUCGGAAGAUUGUCAAAUAAGCACCAAGAAGUAUAGUCAAAUAGCGCCAAAGAGAAAUCAUAAUCCUAUUCUCGCUCAAGGCAUACGAACCAAGACUGUGUUGACUUCCAAUUCGAUUGGCGGAGAUGAGUACGGUGGCGUUGUUGGCUUACAGCUUUUGUUGUAA